UCGUCCUUCAUUUUACUGGCACACACCGACGACCGCCACCGCCGAAGACGACACAGACGCCGAGACCGUUCUCGUCUCCGGAGGGCUAAAUCCGACAAUUCAAGCUUAAAGUUUUGGUCUUUUGGCGAACCAGGGAUCGGUGUGACCUGAGAAGAAUGGGAAGUACUGGCGCUGAAGAUAUUUUGAUGAGUGAGCCCACGAUAGAGAUAAAAGUAAAGACAUUGGAUUCACAAACUUAUACUCUCAAAGUGGAUAAAGAGAUGCCAGUUCCUAUUUUGAAAGAACAGAUUGCCUCUGUUACUGGUGUGCUGUCAGAGCAACAACGGCUAAUAUGCAGAGGAAAAGUUCUCAAGGAUGAUCAGCUUCUCUCCGCCUAUCAUGUUGAGGAUGGCCACACCUUACAUUUGGUUGUCAGACAACCUAUUCCACCAUCAUCUGAGGGACUAGCAGAUCAUUCAGCAACUGAUCCUGCUUCAAGUACAAGCCGUGGUCGAUCAAGUGUCUUCAUUGAAAGUUUCAGUUUGCCUGUUGGGGGGGAUGUUCAACCAGAUUAUAGUCGGUUUCUCUCCGCUGUUCUGGGCUCUGUCGGAAUUCCAAAUAUUGCAAGUGCCAGUGAAGGGGUUGAUGUCAUGUUUCCUCCUGGGACAAAUAGGCCAGAAAGGACAUCAGGUUUGAGUGGUUUGUUUGGUUUAACCCAACUUCUUUCUGAGCAAACUACCGCAAGGGCUCAACCUGAUGGAUCAAAUGACACUUUUGGUCAGUCCGCGGCAUUUUCAUUGGGGAAUCUGCCACCUCUGGUGAUUCCUGAUUCGUUGAAUACUUUAUCUCGAUAUCUGAGUCAUAUAAGGCGCGACUUUCAGGCAAUUGCCAGAGAUGGAGGACAGAGUCAAGCAGCUAUUCAUAGGAAUGACGGAAGUUCGAAUUCGUCAUCUGGUUCUGGAAUAAGACGAGAGGGCCCCCCCUCACCUGCAUCAUUGGCAGAAGUCAUCCGUACUGCUAGACUAUUACUCAUUGAACAAGUUGGAGACUCUCUACUUCAACUUGCAAGCCAGUUGGAGAAUCAAGCAAAUGUGACGGAUCACUCAGUAAGGAGGCGAAUCCAAGCCAGUUCAUUGAGUACCGGAGCCGUGAUUCAUAAUUUAGGUGCCUGUUUACUUGAACUUGGCCGUACAAUGAUGACAGUGCAAAUGGGCCUAACACCGUCUGAUGCAGUGGUUAAUGCUGGACCUGCAGUUUUCAUAUCCCCGACGGGUCCUAACCCUAUAAUGGUUCAGCCUCUUCCAUUUCAAUCAGGAAUGAGUGUAGGUGCCAUGCCCAUGGGAGCUCUGCAGCCUGGUUCUGGUCUACUGAAUGGAUUUGGUUCUGGUUUUCAUCCAAGGCGUAUUGAUAUACAAAUACGAAGAGGUUCACCAACGACCACUGCCAAUGUCAAUCGAGAGGAGCAUCUCGAUCUUCAGCAACCUUUACAAAGAAACGCAGCACCAAGUUCAGGUGGUGAAAAUCCUGCCAAUCAAACAGCGCCAAGUAUCUCAGAUGGUUCAGCUUCUGCUGGAGAUUUGGGUGUAAGGCCAAGGGUAGUGCCAAUCAGGACCGUACUUGGCAGUCGCAUACCAUCGGAGUCUGCUGGUAGUUCAUUUGGGUUAUACUAUCCAUUUCUUGGAAGGUCUCAAAAUGUAGCUUCUGGAAAUGUGAAUGCUGAGCAAGUAUCUCAAGCAUCUGGUGAUCGUCAUCCUGCCGGCCUUCAUACUGAUCGGCAAUCUUCAGAAAACAUUACAGAUCCUGCAAGAGAGGGAUCAACUCCCUAUAUAAGGCAACCAGAUCCCCCCAUUGGACGAAGUGUUAGUAUCAACCUUUUUUCAUCUGGUGGAACCCAAAACGAUCAAGAAUCUGAGAGACAGGUCCCAAGCGGUAUUUUAAAUAUACUAAGGGCUCUCUUUCCUGGUGAUGAAAUUCGCGUAGAAGAUGGCAGUGUACAAGGAAUGAAUUCUAGUUCUGUAUCAGAUCAGGCAAGGACACCUAGUGGUGUUGCUGUUGCUCCAGAAGCUGAACUGAGGGUUACUGAAGAAGGAUUAUUUUUGUCUAAUUUGCUUCAUCAAGUAAUGCCAUUGAUAUCUCAAGCAGCAACUAGAGAGCCAGGUCAUGUACCUGCAGAAGCGGAAAAUUCUUCUGAGCACACAAUGGCCCAAGACUCUUCCACCGUGACGGAAAAUUCCAAUGUUGGGACAUCGCGUCGGCAUAGUCAGAGUGAUUGUGACGAGCCUCCUAGUUCAAAACGUCAAAAGAACGAGUAGGUUAUCUUGUCUAAGCAGCUAUCCAUGGUGAAAAGUGAUCAGUUAUCUUCAGUUACAAAAUCAUGUACUUCUGCUGCCGGCAAAUGGUGCAUGGCGUUACUCAUUGUGUCAAUAUCGGCUUUCUUUUUUUACAUCUCAAGCAAGAUUGUAGAACUUUUGAGUUAUGAUUUGCUCUGGGGACGUGAUUUUGAAGAUAUAUAAAUAUGAGAGAGUUAUUUGACUUG